AGGGAGACUGAGUACUAGUCAGAAAUUUAUUUCUGGAUAAUGACAAAAACUCACAAGGGGGGAUGCAUAGCGAGUGUGGCAAAAAGCGCUUUUCCUUUCCUUGCUGGAAAAAUAUAUCGAAGGAAUGGAAUAUGCUGUGUGACGACAAAUUUAUAUUAAAAAAACUGUAUUCUUUAGAUGGCUUUUAACUGAAAUUCAUCCCCUGCAUACUUUACCAUUAUGAUGAACGCAUAUCUGUCCCUACCCUCUGAUCCCUACUCUAGAAACGAUACGAAACGUACUACGCAAAUAGUUGAUCCCGUGACUCCUCGCUUUGUUUUCAGUCACUUUAUUUAGCUGACAAGGCAAGUGAGACAACUGGAACUCCUCCGACGGACAGCCAUGACGAACUUGCUUGUUCUUAUGAUCUGUUUCUUUUACCAUGUCGAUUCUACCAGCUCACUCCGUGCAAGCACGGUUCGAGAGCUGACUGGGUUGUAUUCGAGAAAUAAGCAUUAUGUUUCGUCUUUAACUGCCGGUGGAGGUUUGUUACCGAAUGUGUCUGAAGCUUGUCAGAACGCCGUCCUUGGUCUUCCAAGGAAACCGGAAUUCGGAAAAUACAUUGAUGCCAUAGGAAGACCAAACAGUGGGGUGUUGACAGGAAGUCUUGUGUGGCUGGGGUCUUAUGCCACAUGUAAAACUAUUCCUGAUGCACACUAUUGCCUUGCUCCUGAUGUCACAGUGCUGAUCAGGAAUGGAAACAAAUCAACUGUAAUACCUUAUAUUGAGUGGGGACUGUGCGUACCUACAACCUGUAGUGACGAAGAUGUAGGUUUUGGGUUUGUGGACAUUUUAGAACUUGUGUCAGACCACUUACCUGCUCCUUACAAGGGCAUUGUCCAAGCCAAAGUGAAUGGUGUCUAUUGUGCGCAUCCAUCCAAGUGGACUACAGGACCUAUAAUAACACUUGUUGUCUGCAUCAUCAUAGCAUGUUUAUGCCUGGCUGGGACCUUAGUUGACAUGUGUGUGGUGCAAGAGUCUUGGAGGUUUUGGAUGAAAUCCGAAGUGGGGUAUGCAAGAGUUCCACAGUCAGAUGAAAGCGGAUUGUUAUCCAGUGGAUUUUCCAAUUACUCAGAUGGUGAAGCUGCACCAUUACUGAGUGGAAACUAUGGUGACAGCUCAUCAUCAUUAUCACAAGGCUCAUCUGUUCAUGUAUACCAACCCAAUCACAAGGAGAGAGGUUUUCUGGUCAAUUUGCUUUUAUGUUUCUCAAUAAUUCGCAACACCAGCAAAAUAAUGGACUGUUCUGUACCAACCAGUGCAAUCACAUCUCUGAAUGGAGUUCGUGUUCUCAGCAUGUGGUGGGUCAUUUUGGGCCACACCUACCUCUGGCUUCUUUUUUACCGGACAAUCAAUGAUCUUGGUGUAGGGGUGAACAUCAUCCAUAGGUUUUCUUUCCAAGCUGUGAAUAAUGCCUUCUUCUCUGUUGACAGUUUUUUCCUACUAAGUGGUUUGCUUGUGGGUUACCUUUCAUUUCGCCGUAUGGACAAGAACAGUGGAAGAUUGCCGCUGUUUCAAUUCUAUUUUCAUCGUUUUUGGAGGUUGACCCCAAGCUAUAUGUUUGUUAUUUUGUUUUAUGCCAAUCUGAAUGCAUUCCUGGGUGAGGGACCAUUGUGGUAUGGCAGCCAAGUACGAACACCGUGUGAUAGUUACUGGUGGACAAAUCUGUUAUACAUCAACAAUUUUCAUCCUUUUUCUUUGACUAAGGAGUGUCUGCCUUGGUCAUGGUAUCUGGCGAAUGACAUGCAGUUUUACGUGAUUAGUCCAAUACUGCUCUACAUAACCUUCAGAUUCCAAUGGCCAGGACUUCUUGUUAGCGUGGGCGGCCUUCUUGGUUUGAGUUUAACUAUCACUGCUGUGAUAAUCGGUGUUUACAACACAGAUGUGCUUGAAGUUGGACAGCUCAUAACGGGAUUUAAAAAAGAUCCAGACAGGGGUAGCUAUAGCGACCUGGUGUAUAUCAAGCCUUAUUGCAGGAUCGCGCCUUAUCUCGUGGGCAUCGCCCUUGGCUACUUGAUUCACAUCGAGAAAGUGGCACCUAGCAAAAGCCCUUUGUUCAAGGUGCCAAGGCAAGUAGUCUGCUUGGUUGGAUGGUUCUUGGCAAUAGGACUUGGAGUGACUUCCGUGUAUGGUGUUUACACGUAUUAUAAAGCAGGAGGUCGACCGUUUAACACAGCUGAGAAUGUCAUUUAUGGGACUUUCAGUCGCUUUGUGUGGGGCUUGGCUCUGGCCUGGGUCAUCUAUGCUUGUAACAAGGGAUAUGGAAGUCUUGUGAACAAGUUUCUGUCGGCAUCAUAUUGGAUUCCACUAAGCCGUUUAACAUACAGUGCGUACUUACUUCAUCCUUUGGUUCUUGGCUCAUACUUCGGCUCUUUCCAACAUACCGUAGAGUACAGUGACAAAAAUUUUGCUUUCUAUUUCGUGUCUGUGGUGGUGAUGUCGUACGCGUCGGCUUUUGUGCUUGCCGUUUGCGUGGAGUUUCCUACAAUGCGUUUGGAAAAUGUGCUAUUCUACAAAGUCAAGAAAUCGCACACUUGAAACGACCAGCUUGUCUCCAUUCUCUAUUUUUCAAUAGACUGUUUUCGAUGUAUUAAAAUUCAGCUUGACAGUGAGGCCUAGAGGACGAAAACAAAGGAAAUAGAAUGU